UUGGGGAUAUUCAAAUUGCUUGUCAGUUAUCAUGUUCCUACCUAUAUUUCUUUUGAUUUAUAUAUUUAAGUUUUCACAACCUCUCUCAUGCCUUGAUGAUGAUGGCCAUGCGGUCGAUUGGUUCGUCGGUUACAAAUUACCAAAAGGUUACGACGUUGUGUUUAUGAACGCUGAUCAUAGGAACUGGCAGCUAUCCAAAUUCCCUAUAAAUGAAAAAGGAAUGAUGAAAAAUACGUUUGAAUCCAUGUUCAAUUUGAUUGAUAAACCUGAUUCUGUGAUCGGGAUGUAUAAUGAUGAGGUUCCUAAAUGGACCAAACCAUUUGGUUAUGAUCGAGAGAACUUAUGGUGGGGUCAUAUGAAAGGUGCAUUUGCUUUUGAUGACACGGAUACGGGAUUUUGGGUUAUCCACAGCAUACCAAAGUUGUCAUAUACGAAUCUAUCCUAUGUUUACCCAAGGACCGGAUAUACAUAUGGUCAACAUUUCCUGUGCGUUACUUUGAAAAAGAAAUACCUCGAAUCUCUAAUCACACAGUUUGCCUUAGCUCGUCCAUUAUUUCAGGGUGCGUAUAUUUCAUCCAGUGUGAGGUCAGAGUUCCCAGAUUUGGCGAAAUUACUUCAGAAUCAAAAAGUGUUUACUAUAACACAAAGUAGAGUCAUUGAGAUGCAGACAGCUAAAAGUUCUUUUCAACUAAAUCAUUUCUCAAAAUCAUCAGAUUUCGGUAAAGAUCUUUAUGCUGAUUUCGUCGCGCCAAAAUUAAAAAGGUCUUUAGAUACAGAGACUUGGCAACAUGACGGAAGCAUACCAUCGGCAUGUCAUCGGCAAUAUUCUGUGAAAAAUAUUAAAUCUAUUUACAUUGGAGCUACUGCGACCACAAUAUUGAAUGCGCAAGAUCAUGCAAAAUGGGCUGUUACUGUAUCCUCACAAAAUCUUACUGAAGAUACUGAUAAUUGGAUUUGUCUUGGUGAUAUUAAUCGUCAGCCUCAUCAAUUUGAACGUGGUGGUGGUACAAUGUGUAUAAAAGAUCAAAAACUUUGGCAAUCAUUUUAUGAUUCAGUUCAACGUGUAGAAGAAUGCUCAAAAACUGAUUACACUUUUAUUUCUACCCAUUUAUUUAAACGACUAUGGACUUUGAUUGAAAUUGUGCAAUUUUUUUAUGCAUAAACUAAUUCACUUAUGAUGCUUAACUUUUUUCAGUGCUUUUCUUUUUCUAACUUGUUAAUUUUAUUGAUUUAUCGUAAUUUUCAUUCUUAACGAAAAUUUAUUUUGUCCUAUUUUUUUUUUGAUUCUGAUUAUUUUUAUAUGAUUGCUGAACAAAAUGUUAUCUUUAAAUGAUUAUUUAUUUGUAUUAGAAGGGGUUUUUGUGAACGUUAUAGUAUGAAACUUCUCAGGCAGGAUCGUGGAUGCGCACUGCUAAGGAGUCCCACAAUAGGAUGAAACGGCCGUCCAGUGUUUCCAGGUUUUCAAUGGUGGUCUAGCUUGAGUUGACUCAUGAUCUCAACUAUUGGGAUUAUUUAUUUAAAACUAAUAUCGUCAAUAGAUGAAUGUUAGACGAUCAUUGAAAACCUGGAAGGAUUGGACGGUUGUUUCGUCCUAGUACGGGACUUCUUAGUAGUAUGAUUAUUUAUUUACUUAUUUUCUAUAUUAACAAUUUAAAUGAAUCACAGAAAUUUAUUUUACUAGUCUAGAAAAAAACAGCCAGAAGUUAUUGGUUG